ACUGGUAGUGAAAAGUAUAAUGAAUCACUAUAUUCCAUAUGAUAUCAUGCCCAAGGAUAUUUUCCAAGAAUGCCCUUUGGAUAUUCGUUUUAGAAGAAAAAAGGUUUCUCGGAUAAAAGCCCCCGAUUUAGCCUUUCGGAUAUCCUUGAUACAUGGAUUCAUUCAUACCUUCCUAAUACAUGUAGACCAUCAUCCUGCCUCAUUCCAGUACGCCGCCGCGGAAGUUCCGUCUGAAAGUGCGCCAUCUCAAGUCCUACCCAGAAGAAAUCCAAUGAUCUGUACGGUUUUGGUCAGCGUUAUUUAAAGUAGUCUUUUUUCCCAAUUAGUUUCCCCUCUCUUUCUCAUAUUUUCUCUUGUUCACUCACGCACAGUCAUGGUCCUUGUUUGAUUUGAAUUUCAUCCUUGGAGAAAUGUUCAAAUUACAAUUGUCCAAAGUUGAAUGGGAAAUUGAAACCUCACAAACGAAAAACAACACAAAUGAUGAGGGUACAUUUUUAGAAAGAACCGUUUGUAAAUCCCUUUAGAAAGGGAUAGAGUUAAACAUUUUCCUGGUAUAUGUGGGCAAACUGUACCAGGAUGUUUAAAACUGCUUUGAGAGUCACGUCGUUGAAAGAACCAUAUUGAUACUUGUAAAACAUUCAUAAAGCACAGACAAGCACUGCAGAGACAACAUUGACCCGAAUACGGAGGAAUCUUUAUAUCCGUCUGAUAUUAGCCGUUGCUUUGUGGUGAAUCAACACAUUUUAUUGUCUUUUUGUGCAAAACAAUAAAAAUGGUUGGAAAGCGAGGUAAAGCUCCUCCGCGAGAAGCUGGCGUCGGCUCAGCAGACUCUGGGUGAGAUGGGCCACCAGAUGGACCUACAGAAAAAAGGAACUAGACAACUCUUAGCUGGCUGGAAACUCAAACUCGAAGAGAGCGAAGACAAAGUCAUGUCGCAGGUACACGAGAAGGACUCCCAGUUCACUGAUCUCAUCUCGGAUCUCAUGUACUUCGAGGGAUGCUUGAAGCGAGAGAGGCAGGAGAUCGUCUCCAAACUCGGCGAUAAGGACCGUCGCAUCCGUGAGCUGGAGCGACAUGUCAUGAAGCAGGAGAAACAGAUUAACGCAUUGAACAAAGCUAAUGAGAAACUCAUCAGUAGUUUGCACGACACCAGGGGAAUGUCGUUUUCCAUGUCGGAGGACGACCGAAGCAACGGAGCAAAAUCAAGUGACGAUUCGCAUCACGACGAGAGCAGUAGCAGCCACGAUAACAGCAGCGAGACGGAGCGCGUGUCCUCACCCUCACCAAUGAUGUCGAGUCGACGACCAAACGGUAGACGAGUCACGGUGCAUACGGGUCCGACAUCGCAGCAGCAAGGCGGAAUGAGACUCCUCAACAACAACACCAUUAAACCCGACAGUCCGACCAAUGGAAAUCAGCAUCGAGUUCGUUUUGUAGAUGAUGUCAUCAAUGACCUCAGCUCAAGUAGACCACGGAAGGGUUUCCUAAUGAAAACUGAGGAUAGGAGUAAAGCCAGGAAAAUAUCUUUGCCAGCAUAUCGCUUGCCUGUACCGAACGAAGGAGACGAGAAUGUCCGAUUCUUUUAGGCUAGUAUACUCAAACUUGAUUGUAGAACAAUAAACAUUUCUCCCUGCGAACCUCCGAAGUAUUGAUGUUCUUGGAGCAGAGGAUCAAUUUCUAUUGGAAAAUGUUCAUGUAAUAAUCGAAAUCGUGUGCUUCAGAUCAUUGAACAAUUCAGGAACUAAAAGACUCCUGUCUUUCACGUUCGUGAGCAAAAGAACUAUUGGGGAAGGAUUAUUGUGGGAGGUUUUCGCGUUGUAUAUUCAUAUCAUGAAAGUGUAACGAUUAGUUUUUAGCACGAAUAUGGCAGGAUAUCGUCGGCAAUGGAUCACUAAUUAGAUUAUCAUGGAUAAGAAGACAACACUCAACAGUGAUGUAUCAUGAUUUGUGAGUAAUUAUUAUGAUGCAUGAUUGCCAACAUGAGGGACAAGUUUUCUGCAGAUCCCGUCUACAAGAAAAGUUCUGUAAACUUGAUAGAGAAUAUUUACGAUCGUCGCGAAGUGACUUGAAAGCUGCAGCAAAUUAUAUGAACACAGAUACGAGAUGAACGGAAAUAACAAUUCAUCACAAUUUAAAAGCAUAUAUAAUGUGUGUCGUAAGCGAUCAUUUUAAUGUGAUGUGCUGGUGACACAGUAAGUGUAAUUGAACUUUGACAUUAUGUUUUAAGACAACUGGUAUAAUUAUGAAUGAAGUUCUGAUUAUGAUUACGAUAAGCAUUUCAAAAUAUUAAUUGCAGAUAUGAGAUUACACAUGUCGAUUAUAUCGAAGGGGCCAUGUCAUACAGUAGCACAGACUGUGCAAGUCUUGUUGAUGUUUUGCGUAAAAUACAGGAAUUAUCUGAAUAUUAGGAGCUCGGAAAUCAUAUUAUUGUACAACUCUUUGAAUUGUGACCAUUCCUAUGUAAUUAAAUAUAUAAUAUUCCAUUUUGUAUGUAGUGUAGCUUAUACUUGUGUUAUCUACGCAUUACCUGUUUUCCAAGCGCGGACAUAUUAUUAACGUUAGUUUUUUUUUUACGGAAAUACAGUCUAUCAUUUUUUGUUCUCAACGCAUAAAACAGUAUGAGAAAAUGUACAAAAUGAUGGAUACUAAUGUUUGACACAGAAAAGUACAACGAAAAACAAAAUUCCAGUAUUUAGAUAAGUUGGACGUGCCUCCAUCUAUCAUGAAAUAAAAUGAACAAUCUUCUUGCGCAUAGAUUGUUUCUUCAACUUCAUGAGGAUAUAUUUAAAAAAAAUUGAAAACAUGGAAAUUAUGACACAUCGGAUGCCAAAAGAUGAAAUUGUUAAAUGUUAAAUUAAUUUAGUUUUUGAGGAUAUAUUUUUCAAAAUCAGAAUUUUAAGGGACAUUCCCAAAAUAAUUGCUUAAUAGAUUCAAUAUCUUUUGAACAAAACGUACACCAAGCAGAACCAACAGUCUUAAAAUACUUAUUGACACCAAGAAUUUGGUGGUUAUGUUUUUGGUGGAAGUUUUGUUAUGAUUAUGGAGCUUGUUCUAGAAUUAUAAUAUGCGGAUAGUGAGUUAUUGGAAAACAUUCAAAGUUUAAAUAAAUGAGAGACAUGCAUUCAAAUGGGAAAUGUUCAGCAAAAGUGAAUGAUGUGAUAGAAAAUAGUUUCUAGAAAUUAGUAAUAUGUUCAUCAAAAGAUCAUGUAGGUCAAAUUUUCUUUUUUAAUUUCUAUGAAAUUAUAAACUUUAGGUAUUUAUCGGAAAGAAAACAGAUCAUUUCAUGAAAAAUAAUUGAAUGUUCGACGUGAAUUUUUAUGGUAUAAUUAUUAUUAGCAUCUAUUAGUAUGAACUAUAAUUCACAAUUUGUGAGGAUCUUGUGAAUAGAAUUAUUUAUUGUACAUAAAAUGUAUCGACUAGAUUAUAAACUAUGAAAAAGAAAA